AUGGCUAUUUGUCCAGGUCGCAAGAAAUUCAAGACAAACACCGGAAGAUCUGACAUGACAAUGGCAUUGCAACAAGAGCUAAAACGAAGGGCCAGUGCUUCAGCAACCAAGUUUAUUACUGCUCGAGUUGCAUUUUCUCCCGCCUAUGAACCCUGGAUGGAUGGACAUCUGUGUCGGAACGCUGACGCAACGUUUCUCAUUGGUAUUGUGUCCAGCUAUCGUAUUGUCAAUGAAGUGAACGGGGACAGCGUCAGUGUACCUGUACCCAUGUUCAAGAUUCGGUGGACGAGCACUGCAGCGGGGCUGCCGUAG